CAGUCUUGACGAUCAUGACGACAAUAAUAACAGCAGAUGCUUCUUAUUGCCCCGCAAGACGGAGAUAGACAGUGGCAUGUCAUGCCAGGGGUCUACUCCGGAGUCCGAAUAGCUUCACGACUCAGAACAUAUUUAACACGAUCCUUUCUGGUUCACUAUUCUUUCUAUCUUAUGCUGUGUCUGAUGUUUAUUUGCACCUAAUUCCGAGAUGCAGCGUCUUCUACAUACACUGCCCCGUACCAGUGGCAAGACUCAGGACCCCGACGACAGGUUCUUCUCUCAAGGUCCUAGCCUUUGUCAUCUCUCGCUUGUCCAAAGAGGCGAGGAAUUACUCCAGCCGCUUGGUCGUGGAAGACAUCCAAGUCUUACAGCAAUGAAAUGGAUCUUGAACCGAUGGACCGAUGGACCGAUAGAGUUCCGGUCGCUGAUGAUGAUGAAUAACAGUCCAUCGCUCCCGUCGUCCGAGGCCAUCUCUGGGAGCUGACUGUCCCUAACUUCAGGGCCCGUUGCUCAAGGACAGCACGCAUGCCCGCUUCUCUACCCGCAGCGGCUUCGAGCGGGAUGAAGCGGCUCGCAGUUACCGUCAACCGCCCGUCCCGAUCGCUGAGAUGAGCUCUGAUGUUGGUCCGGUCGCCUCCACCCGUCUGGAUGAGGUGCGACUCUGCCUUUGCGAGAAGCUCAUACUGCAGGCGCAUGCAUCAGGGCGACCAGGUAAUAGGUUGCUGAGCAAGAUCAAGCUGAGAAUCGCCACCAUUUCUCAGAUAUAUAUAGCUACUCCACUGUCUUGACUACAGCAUACUGGCUUAAUCGAGUCUUGGAUCGGCACCACUGUCAGGUUUCCCGUGAACAAGUAAACCUUGGCUAAACUCGAUUCACAUCCUGCGUCCCUCAAAUUAACUUUCGGGUGUCUGAGAUAGGAACGAAAGAUGCCUUCGUAAGCUGCUGUAUCCACGUAGGAUGUCAUAAUGAAGUCGGUCGUGACGUCAAGCAGUUCCGGACCCAAACACCCGAAAAGGAACCUGGAUCACCCAGGUAUGGAGGAGAUAUAAAAAGGGCUGCAGUGCGCGGAAGAUGUGUUCCUGAAUCAAUUCAUCCUGUCGAGUCACCAAAACAAUUGCUCUUUCCACUGAGAAUGUCGUCCAACGCUGAGAGCAUAGCUCACCGUACCAGCCGGCCAACGAAGCUCCCUCCCAACCCGGUCGAGUACGAGAAGGAGGUCUACCAAAAAGGACUGCAGUUCGCACGACCCCCGUUCACUUUCCAGACAGGAUUAUGGGAGCCUCAUGCCAAGGAACGCAUGUCCGCCGAGUCCAAGGGCUACGUGGCUGGCAAUGCGGGAACCGGAGAAACAUCACUCAAGAACCGGGAGGCAUUUGCGAGAUGGUCCAUCGUGCCCAGGCGCCUGGUUAAGACCAAGAGCCUGCCGGAUCUGUCCACAAAGGUCCUCGGUCAGAAGUUCCCCUUCCCCAUCGCGGUGGCACCGGUUGGAGUCCAGCGGAUCUUCAACCCGCAGGGUGAGAUUGCUUCGGCCGCCGCAGCGGCCAAGAGCAUGACACCGUAUAUUAUGAGCACGGCUAGCAGCACCAGCAUCGAGGAGGUUGCAAAGGCGAAUGGAGACGGGGUCAGGUGGUUCCAGCUGUACUGGCCGACCAACGAGAACAACAAUAUCACACUGUCAAUACUUUCACGAGCCAAGAAGGCCGGCUUCUCCGCUUUGUUUGUUACCCUGGACACAUAUAUCCUUGGCUGGCGCCCUUCUGAUAUGGACAAUGGGUACAACCCGUUCCUGCGAUCGGACCAAAUCGGAGUGGCCAUUGGGUUCACCGACCCGGUCUUCCGCAAGCAAUUCAAGCAGAAGUACGGCGUCGAAAUCGAAGAUGAUAUGCAUACCGCUGCCGCAGAGUGGACGCAAACUGUCUUCCCCUCUCUGAGCCACGGAUGGGAAGACCUUGAGUUCAUCAAGCAACACUGGGAUGGCCCUAUCAUUCUCAAGGGAAUCCAGACCGUGGAGGAUGCGCAGAAAUGCGUCGAAAUGGGUGUCCAGGGGAUUGUAGUGAGCAAUCAUGGCGGACGACAGGUGGAUGGAGGUGUGAGCUCACUGGGAGUUCUCCCACGGAUCGUCGACGCAGUUGGCGACAAGCUGGACAUUUUCUUCGAUUCCGGCAUUCGAGCCGGGGCCGAUAUUGCAAAGGCCAUGGCGCUGGGAGCGAGGAUGUGUCUGAUCGGCCGGCCGUACGUGUACGGGUUGGCGCUGGGAGGAGAGAAUGGCGUGGGCCAUGUCUUGAAUUCCCUGCUUGGAGAUAUGCAGCUUACUCUUCAUCUUGCUGGCAUUCCAUCGGCUGAUCCGGCUCAUCUGAACCGCAGUGUGCUUGAGCGUGAAGAUCGAUUAUAGUGGUCAGUUAGGAGUCAGCGGUGUUGAUCAGCGCAUAGUUCCUAGUUCCUAGCCAAUGAAUCUCGUUUUCAUUUCCUCCAUAUGUACAACGCUCUCCAGCUAGAGGUAUGCUGGGCAGACUCAUGGCAAUAGUUAAUAUUGGGGCUUAGUUAACUAGGGCACUCAUCUGUUGGAUCAACUUGCUUGAUUGUCUCUAUCUACGUUGGUCUAGCUAUUUUAGUGUGUCAGGCCAAGCGAGG